ACUUUGUUCCAGUCACUGAGCCCUACGAUACCAUGGAGCCCUCAAUAGGUGUGGUUCCUGCUCUCAGGGACAUCACUAUGUAAUGGAGGUGGAUGAAGCACGAAGAAAGCAUGAAGACUGCAGGAACACAGGGGAGGGGGACUUCCUGGAAGCGGUGAUAUUUGAGCUGCACCCAAAGUAACAGGCUUUAGAGCUGGGGGGAAGGGUGUUCCAGGGAGAGGGAACAGCAUGUGCAAAGGCUGUGACCUGGGGAGAGAGCCCAGGAAAGGUUUGCUGGAGGAGCUGAGUGGAUGGAGUAUUCAGUAUUGGAAGAGAGAAACAAGAGCACAGGCCACUUCUUUUCAAGAGGGGGGACACUCUGAAUGCCUGGAUGAUACUUUUCCUUUGGAGGGAAUCUUGAAUAUAGAGGACAUGCUCUUCCUGGGGGACACAGGUGACUUUGAUGACAUACUGUAUCUGGAAGAGACUGAGCAGCCUGAGGAGACACUGUAUAUUGAGGAUAACAGGCAGCCAAAUGAGGCCGUGUGUGUGGAGGAGCCUGUGAAGCCGGAGGACACACUGUGUGUGGAGGAGCCUGUGAAGCAGGAGGACACACUGUGUGUGGAGGAGCCUGUGAAGCUGGAGGAGACAAGCCCAGAGCAGAUGGCUUAUGGGGGAGAGACGGUCACAAACGAAGAGAAGCCUAACCCUGAGAGCCUUGGCGCCGGGUCUAGUCCCAGCACAGAGGAGAGCCUGAGCAUAGAGGACCUAGAAUUGCUCGAGGGGCGUUUCCAGGAAUGUGUCCAAGCUGUGGCCCAGCUGGAAGAGGAGCGGGAUCAGCUCAUCCAUGAGCUUGUGUUGCUCCGGGAACCAGCUCUCCAGGAGGUGCAACAAGUCCAUCAGGACAUCCUGGAUGCCUACAAACUGCAUGCUCAAGCGGAGCUGGAGAGGGACGGGCUAAAGGAGGAGAUCCACCUGGUCAAGCAGAAGCUGUUCAAGGUGACCAAGGAAUGUGUGGCCUACCAAUACCAGCUGGAGUGCCGCCAGCAGGACGUGGCCCAGUUUGCCGAUUUCCGGGAAGUGCUGACCGCACGGGCAGCCCAGCUCUCAGAGGAACUGGCCCAGCUCCGGGAUGUCUAUCAGAAGCAGAAGGAGCAGUUACGGCAGCAAAUAGAAGCACCUCCAAGCCAGAGGGAAGGACACUUCCUGCAGGAGAGCCGGCAGCUCUCUGCCCAGUUUGAGAACCUCGUGGCAGAGAGCCGCCAGGGCCUGGAGGAGGAGUAUGAGCCUCAGCUGGUGCGGCUCCUAGAGAGGAAAGAAGCCGCUGCCAAAGCCCUGCAGAAAACCCAGGCAGAGAUCCAGCAGAUGAAGGAGGCUCUGAGGCCCCUGCAAGCAGAGGCCCAGCAGCUCCAUCUGCUAAACAGGAACCUGGAGAACCAGAUCACACUUGUGAGGCAAAAACGCGACGAGGAAGUGCAGCAGUACAAGGAACAGCUGGAGAAAAUGGAAGAACAACAGACACAAUUAAGAAACGGAGUGCAACUCCAGCAACAGAAGAACAAAGAGAUGGAGCAGCUAAGGAUCAGCCUUACUGAAGAGCUUUCAACUUAUAAGGCUAUGCUACCCAAGAGCCCGGAACAGGCUAAUACUCCCACUUCUCAGGCAGGUGGAAUCGAGACACAGUCUCAAGGAGCUGUUUAGAAAUGUAUGGCCGAAUCUGUAACCCAGAAA